AUGUAGGAGGGUUAAUUAAACUGAGCAUUAAUGUUGUGGGAAGGAAGAUGGAGAAUACGGUGGGCAUAAAAGCAAGUGAGGCGAUGUACAAACCGGACAUAAGCUUGGAUGUGUUGGUCCUGGGCGCCACCAUUGAUGAUGAUAUGACGAUAGUUAAACUAUUAUCCAUUGGGGAUGAAGAUCAUUGGUUGUCAAAGUAGAGCUUGGAGAUUUACAAUGGUUAACCAAAUUGAUAGAAUGCUGAGGAACUGAAGGAGAUUUAUUCCCUUGACAUGUCGCCUCUUUUUUUCGGCCAUUAAUUCACUUUGUUCAUUACUAUAUAUGGAAUCAACGGAUGAUAAAUUGGUAACUAUAAUCCUAAGCAGACUUCUCUAGCCUAAGUUUGCAUACGUCAUUUCAAUGACAUCAUAUAAACAUUUGAAUAAUCAAUCUUAUACUUACAUAAAGGAAAAUAAUUGAACAGACAAGUUCAUCACCUCGUGAGUGACAUGGAAGAAGAUAACUGCUAACAUAUUUUUCAUUCAGGGUUAUACGUUUCUAAAUACUAAUACCACUUGAAUUAAAAUGGAAGAUUUAUCAUUUGGCCAUUAAAAUAUAAGCAUUCCUGGUUUAGUGGCUAUUACGCUCCUUCUUAGAUCAAUGAUGUUUUUGAUUUAACUAAACUUUAUAACAUUUUUGGCUCUAAGAGCACCAUUAACCGGGGUCCUUAAGAGGGUUUUUAAAAAUAAUGAGGCAUUUAAUUAAAUCAAAAUUAAAGAAAAUUGCUGUUAUCGAUCCUUAAUAUAGGAUUUCUGUGACCGAUUACAAAGGGGAUUUCUAAGCCACGUGUCAGCAAACUAAAUAAUGAGGGUUUUUUUUUUCUCUCUCCUCUUCUCUUUCGUGCCUCGUCUUCUCUGUCUCCUCUUGUGUUCUCCGCGGGAAGACGAUGGCUUUUUGUUCUCUCCUUCACACCUACAAGGUUCAAACGAAACCUUAAACUCCAUCUCACUUCGUUAGGCCUCCUCUCUACCCGAUAAAUCUCUCUCUGUCUCCUUCUCCGUGGAUCUCUCAUUCGAUCGGAUGAUCUCUCUCCUCCGUUGAGUUUCAGAACUUCUCUGUGGAGAUCGAUGGCCACAUCCGCUCGAAAUAAACCAAAUGUAAAUGUGGGAACAAUUGGGAAUGUAGAACAUGGGAAUACUACUUUAACUGCUGCAAUCAUAAAGGUUCUUGCUGAAGAGGAAAAAGCUAAAGCUAUUGCCUUUGAUGAAAUUGAUAAAGCUCUCCAAGCCAAUGCUUUUGCUCUAGACUGAUUCGGAUGGUCAAUCUAUGUUAAGAUUUGAUCUCGGCAUGAUCUUAAUCGCAACCGAUGAGUUCUCAGCGGGAAAUAAACUUGGACAAGGUGGAUUUGGAUCAUCUGUCUACAAGAAUCAUAGCAGGAGUUGCAAGAGGGCUUCUUUAUCUCCAUGAAGAUUCUCAACUGAGGAUUAUUCAUCGAGACUUAAAGGCUAGUAUAGUUCUCUUAGACGCUGAGAUGAACCCUAAAGUUGCAGACUUUGGGAUGGCCAGGCUCAUGUGCAUGUUUGAGAGUUCUCAGUUCAAAGAAAACUUCUCCUUGUUUCAGCAACUAGUUGCAGAUGGUGUCUUUGGGACAUUAUCACCAUCUUCUGUUUCCUCUGUAUCAAAGCUUGAAGAGUUUAAGACACUUGCAAAGCUUGCUUUAUCUGACCCUAACAAAUCCCGUUUAUUGGAAAGCUAUCAGAUGCUCAAGGUUAACGUCAUGUGCUCUUCUUGAACACACAUAGUUUUCUAGUCUUGCGGCUUUGUUCACGUGAAACAUUGCUUCAGGAACAGAGAAAAGAGAUUUAAGACUCUGUUAAUACAACAUCAAGGGCCUCAAACCUGAAUCUAUCUGGUAUUUCUCAGAACAAAGACUUAAUAUAAAAUGUGGCCAAAAGAAAUUUUCUGCAUUAGAAAUUGCUAUCAUUUGCCGGUACAUAAUAUAAAAAAAUGGAAAGGGUUUUAUGUAAGGGGACUUUUUGGCGGUCAUAUACUAUCUUUUUGUUAAUACUACUAAACUUGGAGAACAAGAAAGUUGCGUUUC